AUGGACUUCUUUUCAACUUUCUUUUCUGAGGCUUCUUCAACAGGACUUCUCAAAACUUUCUCUGAAGGGGAAACUCUACCACUUACAAACAGCCGUGGUAAUUCCCAUGGGUCUAUCCUGACUUCUCAGAACAGGGAGCAGUCUUCCUUCUCUAAUUCUCCCGCAAAUCUCUCGGGACUCUCUCUGACGACGGUCUCGUUCCCCGACUCUCUCUCCCGUCUGGCCUCUUCUGUCUCGCUCGACCGUCUGCCAGUAGCACCGCGACACCAACUUUGUUACCCAUGCAUCCUUCACUUAUGGGCAAACACUGCCUGCCUUUCCAGCAGGGAGAGAGAAAACGAACCUCUUCUUUCUAAGCUGUCUCGUUUCCAACUGCUGCUAAGGUCCAGUCGCAGUUCUCCCUUCCCUUUCAAAGGGGGCGGUUCACCUUUGAACCGUCCAAUCACAGUCCAUUAA